UGAGGCGAAGUUCCGCUUCCGGGGUGACGGUGCGGCGCUUCCGUGUCCUGUCUGAGGGGGCGUCGGGAGAUCGGCUGCAGCCAUGGCUCGGAACGCGGAGAAAGCCAUGACAGCCUUGGCAAGGUUUCGUCAAGCUCAGCUUGAAGAAGGAAAAGUUAAGGAGCGAAGACCUUUCCUUGCAUCAGAGUGUAAUGAAUUGCCAAAAGCUGAGAAGUGGAGACGGCAGAUCAUUGGGGAAAUUUCCAAGAAAGUGGCACAGAUUCAAAAUGCUGGAUUAGGUGAAUUCAGAAUUCGGGACCUGAACGAUGAAAUAAACAAACUUCUGAGGGAAAAAGGGCACUGGGAAGUCCGAAUAAGGGAGCUGGGAGGUCCUGAUUAUGCUAGAAUCGGACCGAGGAUGUUAGAUCAUGAGGGGAAAGAAGUUCCAGGAAACAGAGGUUACAAAUACUUUGGAGCUGCAAAGGAUUUACCAGGAGUUAGAGAACUUUUUGAGAAGGAGCCCCUCCCACCACCUCGGAAAACUCGAGCAGAACUGAUGAAAUCCAUUGAUGCAGAAUACUAUGGCUACAGGGAUGAAGAUGAUGGUAUUCUAGAGCCCCUGGAACAAGAACAUGAAAAGAAAGUUAUAGCAGAAGCAGUGGAAAAAUGGAAGAUGGAGAGAGAGGCAAGACUUGCGAGAGGUGAUGAGGAGGAGGAAGAGGAGGAAGUAAAUAUCUACGCUGUUGAUGAUGAGUCUGAUGAGGAAGGUGGCAAAGAAAAAGAAGGUGAAGAAGGCCAACAGAAAUUUAUUGCACAUGUUCCAGUGCCAUCUCAACAGGAGAUUGAGGAAGCUCUUGUACGGAGAAAGAAGAUGGAGCUUCUUCAGAAGUAUGCUAGUGAAACUCUGAUGGCACAGAGUGAAGAAGCAAAAAGACUUCUAGGAUUAUAACAUUGCACUAGUGUGCCCUGUUGUUCUAUAAUCUGUCCUAAAGCAACAGUUUCUUCUAUUCCGGCAGUAACAAGUUUAAACUCUGAAAGUCCUGUGAAUAUAGAGAGUAAGUUGUGACUAACUUAGUGUUUCCUACUAAAGGGAAAACCCUUUUUGUUUUAUCUGCUAGGAUGGCUUGUACUUUGGUGCUGAGUAAGAUCAAGCCUAGUUUAACUCAGUCUCUGCAUCUUCAGUAAACAGUCUUCAGCCCUUUCACUUUGUGUGUCUAUGCAGUGGUGCCUCUUACAGGUAGAGCAGCAAGCCAAGUCACUUAUAAGCAGUGAGAGAAAUCUGACUGAUGGUUCUGCCAUUCUGUAUCCUGACUGUAAGUGUACAUGUUUUUCUCAUGUUGAAUUUAGCUGACCUGAGUCCAGAAGUAACUUCCUCUUUGAUGCCUGGUUAGUUUACUAGAAGAGCCUAGGACCUGUUUCAAAAUGACUCGAUGGGCAGAUCUUAUGAUUGGCUUUGAAAGUGAUUUGCUUCUUUAUUUAAAGUGUAAUGUGUCUAAAUUUGUUGCCAUUUUUAUGGUUUAUAGCCAUGUUUGUGUGAAGUGCCUGAGUGCUGGAUAUUUCAGCAGCCAUUGUAAAUACUUGCAUCUUUACCUUGUUCAAAUAUUUUUAGUAAAAUUUUUGUACAGACUGA